CUCAUCUUUAGCUUUGGCUCUUGCCUUGUGCUUUUUCGUUCCUUUCUUUGGAGUUUAAGCUGUUUUUAGGCUUUUUUAUUUUAAGUAUUGACUAUCAUACCAAUUAUUCAUAGCACUAAUGGAAUUCAACAAGGGAAACACCACCUCCUCUUCUGCAUCUAACUUCAUAGACUUUGGAGUUGAUGAAGCGGAAUGGGACGCGAUUAUGGCAAAUGUCCCCACAUCCAUGUUGGAGCCCGCUGUUGUUAUGCCUCCUCCUGGAUUUGCACCAAUUGCUGGAUCCAGCGGAGUCCCACGACCCAGUAUCGCACUAGCUCCUGUUGCUCAAACUGCAAUGCCCGCUCCUGAUGUCUCCUCUGAACCGAAGUCUGCUCAUGUCUGUCCAACAUGCAAUAAGACUUUCUCGAGGAAGGAUGCUCUUACUAGGCAUUUGAAGACGCAUUUGACUGUAAAGCCAUUUUCGUGUGAUGAGUGCGGUAAAGGAUUUACCCGUAACUCCGAUUUGACUCGCCAUAUGCUGACUCAUGCUUCAGCACCUGCUGCUGCCACACUAAAAUGUAAAGAUUGCGACAUGAGCUUCACAAGAUUGGACAAUCUGAGGAGGCAUGAACGUGCGGCUCAUGGAGAGCCUAUUCACAAGUGCCUCCAAUGUGGAGAAAAAUUUAAUCGAAAGUCGAAUUUGCUGCAGCAUGUGAGAGUUUCACAUACUGCGGGUCCAUCAAAGCGCAAGGCUGCGGAUCAGGGUUCCACCCCAGCUAAGAAAUUUAGGAAAACAAGGCGGACAGCCUUAGAUGUUUUUUCCACUGAAAAAUUAUUCCCAUCAAAAGAAAAUGCCGAAGAUGUGAAGAUGAGCCUUGGGGAGUUAAGACCACAAAUUUUAGAUGUUCUCGUCGAUUAA